AAAGAAUUAUGAGCCAGAAGGGCAAAGAACGAGUGGACGAGGAGGAGGAGGAGGAGGAGGAGGAGGAGGAGGAGGAGGAGGAGGAGGAGGAGGAGGAGGAGGAGGAGGAGGAGGAGGAGGAGGAGGAGGAGGAGGAGGAGGAGGAGGGGAGGAGGAGGGGAGGAGGAGGAGGAGAGGAGGAGGAGGAGGAGGAGGAGGAGGAGGAGGAGGAGGAGGAGGAGGAGGAGGAGGAGGAGGAGGAGGAGGAGGAGGAGGAGGAGGAGGCAGGGGUUAGGAUGGUCUAGCCCUUUACCGCCUUUUUGCAGUUG